AUGAUGGAUAAUGAUAAAGACAUUGAUGAUAUUGUUCUAUUAGCGAAUCCAAAUUAUGAAGAAAUUGGUAAAGUUAGAGAAUGUUCAUUAAUGUUUUAUUUAUGUUUAUCUCAAAUUUUAACUCAAGCUUCAAUUGCGCAAACUAUUGUAAUUGUUGAAAAAAUAAAUGAGACGUUUAAAGUUACAAAAGGUGAAAUGACAUGGUUUACUGCUGCGUAUUCAAUGACGGUGGGCACAUUCAUAUUAAUGUAUGGUAAAUUAGGCGAUCGAUUUGGAUAUAAAAAUUUGUUAGUAAUUGGAUACUUUUGUUUUAGUAUAUUUACAAUACUAUGUGGUAUCAGUGGAUUGACUGAAUCUACUAUAUUUUUAAGUAUAAUGAGAGGAUUACAAGGUAUGUUUGGACCAGCAAUUAUCAUGCCUAAUACUCAAGCUAUUAUUGGUUCGUAUUAUCCUGAUUCAUUCAAGAAAGAUAUUUGUUUAGCUUUAUUUGGAGCUGUAGCACCUACGGGAUUUAUUAUUGGCGCUUUAUUUAGUUCAAUGUUUGCAAUGUUGACCUGGUGGCCUUGGACUUUUUGGACUUCUGGAAUUGUUUGUAUGAUUUUGCAUAUAUUUGGAUAUUUCAUUAUACCGAAACAUAUAGGUAUGAAAACCAAAAUUAAAUUUGAUUAUUGGGGUACAUUUUUUGGAACUACCGGAUUAAUAUUAAUUAAUUUUGCAUUUAAUCAAGGUGCAAAUAUUGGUUGGACAAUACCUUAUGUUUAUAUUUUGUUUAUUGUUGGUGUUCUAUGCAUGGUUGUAUUUGUUUAUAUUGAACAUAAAGUUGAAAAUGGUUUAAUUCCACUUGAAUUAUUGAAUUGUAGGACGUGUUUUAUUUUAGUUUGUGUUGGUGCUGGUUGGUCUUGUUUUGGAAUUUGGUUGAAUUAUACAUUUCGUUGGGCAAUUCAUAUAGAUAAAGAUACUUCAAUACUUGCGUCAGUUAAGAAUGUACCUGUUAUACCACUGGGAUUUAUGGCUGCUAUUUUAACACCAUGGUUACUUUCAAAAUUACCAUCAUCUUGUGUUUUGUUUAUUUCAACGAUUGCAUUUUUACUUUCGAUUAUACUUAUGGGUACAAGACCAGUUGGACAAAUAUAUUGGGCACAGAAGUUUAUAUCUGUUUUAAUUAUGCCUAUUGCUUUAGAUACUUCAUAUCCAGCAGCUUCAAUAUCAUUGCUGAAUUUCUUACCGAAAGAAAAUCAAGGCAUUGCUAGUUCUUUAGUUCUAACAAGUAUAAACUAUUCAGUGGCAAUUGGAUUAGGUUUCAGUGGAGCAGCUGAGAAAUAUAUAACCUUGCAUAAACCAACUAAUAAUGAAACUAAAUUAUUGGGAUUUCGAACAGGAUUAAAAGUUGGUAUUGGAUUAGCUGGGUUUGCUGUAUUAUUAUCAAUCAUAUUCAUGUACAUGCAAAUCAAACAUAACAACAAAGGAAAGCGUUUAUAG